AUGAGUAGUUGGAGAAGCCUUCUUCUACGGAUCGGCGAUAAGAGCCCCGAAUAUGGGCCCUCCUCCGACUUCAAAGACCACAUUGAAACAUGUUUUGGUGCGCUUCGUCGUGAGCUCGAACACUCCGAAACUGAGAUUUUGGAGUUUCUUCUUACAUGUUCUGAGCAAUUGCCUCACAAGAUUCCUUUCUAUGGAACCCUGAUUGGGUUGAUUAACUUGGAAAGUGAGGAUUUUGUGAAAAGACUGGUGGAGAAAACUCAUUCUAAAUUUCAGGAAGCCUUAGAUACUGGAGAUUGCAAUGGAAUUCGUAUUUUAACGAGGCUGAUGACUGUUAUGAUGUGCAGUAAUGCUCUUCAACCAAACUCUCUAGUUGCUGUCUUUGAAACAUUUUUAUCAUCAGCUGCCACAACAGUAGACGAGGAAAAAGGGAAUCCUUUAUGGCAGCCAUGUGCUGACUUUUAUAUAACUUGCAUUUUAUCAUGCCUCCCGUGGGGUGGGGCUGAACUUGUUGAGCAAGUUCCCGAAGGUAUUGAGACAGUAAUGGUUGGUAUAGAAGCUUACUUGAGCAUCAGAAAGCAUACUUCUGAGACUGGUUUAUCCUUUUUUGAGAAUGAUGAUGAAAUCGAGAGAGAUCUUAAUAACAAGGAUUUUUUGGAGGACUUAUGGGAUAGAAUACAAGUUUUAUCAAGCAAUGGAUGGAAAGUUGAAAGUGUUCCAAGACCCCAUCUUUCCUUUGAAGCUCAGCUGGUUGCUGGGAAGUCUCAUGAAUUUGGGACAAUAAGCUGCUCCAACUUACCAAACCCGCCUUCAGUUCCUUCUGGUGUAUCUUUUGGUAAAGAGAAGCAUGAAGCAGAAUUAAAGUAUCCUCAAAGAAUACGGCGGUUAAACAUAUUUCCUUCCAGUAAAAUGGAGGAUCUGCAGCCCAUAGAUCGAUUUGUUGUGGAAGAGUAUCUCUUAGACGUGCUUCUGUAUUUCAAUGGCAGUCGAAAGGAAUGUGCUUCUUUCAUGGUUGGUCUGCCGGUUACCUUCAGAUAUGAGUACCUCAUGGCUGAGACAAUAUUCUCUCAGCUGCUGAUGCUUCCACAACCACCUUUCAAACCAGUGUAUUACACACUGGUUAUUAUUGACCUCUGUAAGGCUCUUCCUGGAGCUUUUCCCGCUGUUGUUGCUGGAGCAGUUCGUGCUCUCUUUGAAAAGAUUGCUGAUUUGGAUAUGGAGUGCCGAACUCGAUUAAUCCUUUGGUUCUCACACCAUUUAUCAAACUUUCAGUUCAUCUGGCCUUGGGAAGAGUGGGCUCAUGUGUUAGAUCUCCCUAGGUGGGCUCCUCAACGUGUUUUUGUUCAAGAGGUUUUGGAGAGGGAAGUUCGCUUGUCAUACUGGGACAAAGUCAAACAGAGCAUUGAAAAUGCACCUGGCUUAGAGGAAUUGCUUCCCCCGAAGGGUGGACCAAAUUUCAAUCUUGGUGCAGAAGAUGGUAAAGAAAACAAUGAACCCUUGCUGUCUGGAAAUCUCAACGACAUGGUUAAAGGGAAGGCGGCUGUCCGUGAAAUUAUCUCAUGGAUUGAUGAAAGUGUGUCUUCAAAUAAUAGUCUAGAAGUUACACUCAGAGUUGUCAUACAAACUCUUCUCAAUAUUGGAUCCAAGAGUUUCACUCAUUUGAUAACUGUAUUAGAAAGAUAUGGGCAAGUCAUUGCUAAAAUAUGUCCUGAUGAAGAUAAGCAAAUUAUGCUGAUAGCUGAAGUCAGUUCUUUCUGGAAGAGUAACACCCAAAUGACAGCAAUAGCAAUUGACCGAAUGAUGGGCUAUCGCCUUAUAUCAAAUCUGGCUAUUGUGAGAUGGGUCUUCUCAGAAGAAAAUGUUGAGCAAUUUCAUUUGUCAGAUCGUCCAUGGGAGGUUCUUAGAAAUGCAGUAAGCAAAACAUACAACCGUAUUUCUGAUCUAAGGAAAGAAAUAUCAUCUCUUAAAAGGAAUAUUUCAUCAGCUGAAGUAGCUGCCAACGAGGCGAAAACAGAGCUAGAUGUCGCAGAGUCCAAACUAGCACUUGUGGACGGUGAGCCAGUUGUCGGUGACAAUCCUGUAAAAAUGAAUAGAUUGAAAUCGCGUGCUGAAAAAGCAAAGGAAGAGCUGGUAUCUAUACAAGAUUCUAUAGAAGCUAAAGAAGCUCUUCUUGCGCGAGCAACUGAUGAAAAUGAGGUAUUGUUUCUCUUGUUGUUUAAAAGCUUCUCAAAUGUAUUGACUGAUCGCCUUCCUAAGGGGGCUGGAGCUAGAACACUCCGUGAAUGGAAGUCUGCCCAAGUUGAAGAGAUGGUAGUUGACCUCGAAGAACAGUCUACGAUGGAAGUAGACACUGAGAAUCAGAUACCUCAAAACAGUCAGUCAAAUGGUGGGAAGAAAAGUGUUGCUUAUAAUGUAGGUGAAAAGGAACAGUGGUGUAUCACUACUUUGAGUUAUGUGAAGGCCUUUUCUAGGCAGUACGCAACUGAGAUAUGGGCCCAUAUUGAAAAGUUGGAUGCCGAGGUAUUGACAGAAGAUGCACCUCCACUUUUUCGGUCAGCUGUUUGUUUUGGUCUCCGAAGACCAAUUAUCGAGGCUUGA